UCUUCCAACUCUCAACUUGAAUACAUUUUUAUACUUUUCUCUUGAUUUUCUUCUUACCUUCCUACAACUUGGUCUUCUAGACUUCUUCCUUAGUUCACUAUUUAAACCUUCUAAUUCAUUCAGUCGAUAUCAGUUUGAAAAAGCAAACGUUUCUGAAUUAAAGAGGAAAUCAUUUUACUUGAUAUUUCUUAGAAGAAAAUUUAAAAAAGCAAUGGAAUUUACAAGUUUAGUUGAUACUUCUUUGGAUCUGAAUUUUAGACCUCUUCGAGUUCCUGAUGGAGUACCGAAACAAGAAGUUGAGAGUAAUUUUAUUGGGCUUGGAAUAGAUCACACGCCAGUCAAGGAUGAGGCAAGUGAUUUGUUAGAGGAACUAAAUAGAGUAAGUGCUGAAAACAAGAAGCUGACGGAGAUGUUAACAGUGAUGUGCCAGAAUUACAAUGCAUUGAGAAACCAAGUAACGGAGUAUAUGAGCAAGCACAAUACUACUGCUACUACUACUUCAGCUGAUGAUCAUAGCGCUGGAUCAAAGAAAAGAAAAUCUGAAAACAAUGAAAUAUUGAAAUCAAUUCAAGGAGAGAGUAGCUCAAGUGAUGAAGACAACUCUUGUACAAAGAAACCAAGAGAAGAGCACAUUAAAACUAAGACAACUAGAGUUUAUGUUAGAACUGAACCAUCUGAUACUUCUCUUAUUGUGAAGGAUGGAUAUCAAUGGAGGAAAUAUGGUCAGAAAGUAACAAGAGACAGCCCAUCUCCAAGAGCUUAUUUCAAGUGUUCUUUUGCUCCUACCUGCCUCGUUAAAAAGAAGGUGCAGAGAAGCGUAGAAGAUCAGUCAAUUCUAGUGGCAACAUAUGAAGGAGAACACAACCAUUCACAUCCCUCUAAAAUGGACGCCGUUACAACUUCCCCGUCAAGCCGUUUAAACGGGAAGAGUACUCUUGGGGUUACUGCUUCAGUGCCAUGUCAGACUCUCAACAGCACAGAACCCAAAAACAUGUUACAAAUUGAAGAUAAGAAAGUGGCUAGUAGUACAAGUACUAGUACUGUAGGUGGACAUAAGCGCAAAUCAUUAUCAGGAGGAGCUGAUAAUAAUAAUCAUCAAAAUAGACCAGAGUUUCAGCAUUUUUUGAUUGAACAAAUGGCUACUUCCUUGACAAAAGAUCCAAGUUUUCAAGCUGCCUUAGCUGCCGCCAUUUCGGGAAAAUUCCUACCAAAUAAUCACACGGAUAAAUAAAUUAUUAAAUAAAACCAAACCUCAUUAUUGAUGAUUGGUGGACAGACAGACAGUUGUUCAGUGUUUUUGACUCAUUGAAAGGUUCCAGAGAAACACAGCCCACCGCACUCCCCCACUAGAAAAUGUUGUAAAAUGUAAAUACUGUUAUUGUCUCUUAGGGACAUAGUAGGUUGGACUAGGAGGUGCACGUGGGAAUGGGAUCUUGAUUUGGGCUAAUUUUCCAUGGCAGCCAAAAUUGGUUAGGUCUCAAUUUACUCUGAGUCUCACAACAUCGAGAUUUUGGAGGACUUAGAUUAUCGUUGUUGAAUUCGGUGAUUUCUGCAAUAUACGAAAUAAGGUUUAAAAUUCUAUACUUGAUCAGAUUUGAAUUGCUA